GAAAACGGAGCCUGCCGUCAGAUACCCGCAGCAAACGCCGGCUCCAAAGCACCCGGGGGCACAGGGGACAGGGGGAGACCUUUUGUUCUCCUCCUUAAAAUGGGAUUCUCUGCCAGAUCUGUUUUUCCCCGGCUGACGCGGAUCCGAUUCUGAAAUUCAUCUACGCCAGCUUUGCAGGCAUAGGAAAGAGAGGAAAAGAAGAACUCCCUUCACAUAAUGAAGCUCUCUUUUCAUGGUUUCUGAGACGAGGCUGUGUAGAAAAUAAGAAUCCCGCCACUGAGAAACUGGCUUCUAUGCAAAGAAACAAAAGCUGCAGGCACAGAAGCUAUGAGUAACAGCUGAUGAAUACGCAUGAAGAAAAUACAGAUUGAAUGACUACAUCCCGACUGAAAGAACAUGGCCCGCCCCCUGCCUCGCCACUUGUGACCUCUAAUGUGGAAUAAUCUGCUGAUCUCCCUACUAUUCUGAAAUUCUGCAGCUAAUGACACAUUAUGAUGUCAACUCAUAAAGGAAUUUUACAUACCUUGUUAAUUUCCAUCAUCAUUUUGGGCUGCCUGGUAACUUUGUUGUUACUCUAUGUUAAACCAUCUAACAGCUGGAUAUAUGCUCCCAUGGAAUCUGCCACCUCUGUUCUACGCAUGAAAAAUAUCUUUGCUUCACAACAAGAGGACAAUGCAACUAUUGUGCUCAUUUGGCUGUGGCCCUUCGGUCAGACAUUUGAGCUCAAUUCUUGCGAAUCAGAGUUCAACAUCCGUGACUGUCGCUUGACGGUGGAUAAGAACCUGUAUAACAAAUCCCACGCUGUCCUUAUCCAUCACCGGGACAUCAAUGCAGAUUUGUCCAACCUGCCCACACAGCCUCGGCCAAUAUUCCAGAAGUGGGUUUGGAUGAAUCUGGAGUCACCUACUCACACUCCAAAGAAGACUGAGCUUGACCGACUCUUCAAUCUGACAUUGACCUAUCGAAGGGACUCAGAUAUCCCUGUGCCUUAUGGAUCACUAUCAAUUAAUAAAGUUCCGCUGGCCUUUGAAUUGCCAGGUAAAAACAGUCUAGUAUGUUGGAUUGUUAGCAACUGGAACUCUGAACAUGCCAGAGUCAGGUAUUACAAUGAACUCUACAAGUAUGUUGAAAUCAACACAUACGGUCAAGCUUUUGGAGAAUAUCUGAGCAAUAUUGAUUUUAUCCCAACAAUAUCCAAAUGCAAGUUCUACCUUUCCUUUGAAAACUCGAUACAUGAAGAUUACAUCACUGAAAAACUCUACAAUGCUCUUCUUGCAGGGAGCGUCCCUGUGGUCCUGGGCCCACCCAGGGAAAACUAUGAAAAUUAUAUUCCAGCCGAUUCCUUCAUUCAUGUGGAUGACUUCCUGUCACCAAAAGAGCUGGCCGAAUACCUUCACAUGCUGGAUGGCAACAAAGAUUUAUACAUGAACUAUUUCAAAUGGAGAAAAUAUUAUACAGUGAGGAUGACUCGCUUCUGGGAUGAGCAUGCCUGUUCUGUCUGUGAACAUAUUCAGCAACAUAAAGAAUAUAAAAGCCUCUCCAGUUUGGAGAAAUGGUUUUGGGAUUGAACUCGAAAAUAUGUAAAUAAUGUCAAUCAUCAGCAGCAUCUAUUAUAUUCAAUUGGCUUUUAUCUCAAAAGAACAUAUUUUUGGAUUAAUUCUCUAAUUUGACUAAAGAAUUGUUUUUAUUCCAUUACACAAGAAUUCAACGCAGAGCGAUGGAUUGCUAAUGGUUAAAUUCUCAAUGUACACUGACCUCCAGUGGAGACGUAGAAAUAGAAAGCAUCAGAAAUGCUCAGCAGGUCUGUGGAAAGAGAAACAAGAGUUAAUGUUUUGGGCUCAACCCCUUGAUCAGAACUGUGGAAGAGGGAAAACACAUUAAUUAUAAGUUUCAGAGAGAAUGGGAGGAAAGAUCUACGGAAUUAGUAAAAAACUUUGACGGGCUUGGCAUAGGGAUAAGUUAUAGAGGUAUUUCAAUCAUUGGCUAACCAGGAGAGAAAUGAAAAAAAAAAGCUAGGGAGUAAAAGUAUGAGCAAAGAAGCCGUGAAAUGCUGAGCCUUGGGACGAAGGAGGAAUUGAUGGAGGUAUACAAAAUUAUGAGGGGUAUAGAUAGGGUUAAUUACUGGGGGUUUUCCGCUGAGGUUGGAUGAAGCUAGAACUAAAGGUCAUGGGUUAAGGGUGAAAGGUAAAAUGUUUAAGGGGAACAUGAGGGGAAAUGUAUUCACUCAGAGGGUGGUGAGAAUGUGGAACGAGCUGUCAGCACAAGUAGCGCAUACAGGCUCAAUUUUAAUGCUUCAGCAAAGUUUCAAUAGGUACAGGGAUGGUAGGGGUAUGGAGGGCUAGGGUCCCGAUGCAGGUCGAUGGGAGUAGGCAACACUCACACUACGCUAGAGGAACUCAGCAGGUCGGGCAGCAUCCGCAGAAAUGAUCAGUCAACAUUUCGAGCCGGAACCCUUCAUCAGGUGUGAGUAUUGUUUUGACCCCAGCAUCUGCAGAGUAUUUUGUGUUUACGAUGGGAGUAGGCAGUUUAAAUGGUUUGGCAUGCACUAGGAUGGGCUGAAGGGCUGUUUCUGGGCUGUGCUUUUCUAUGGUUCCAUAAACAUAAAGUUGUGAAAAGCUGGCCUGUGGGACAAAGGAACAUAAAAGUUGUGAAAUGCUGGGCUGUUGUGGGCAUGCUCAGUCUGUCAGUCUGAGAGAUAAUGAACCUCAGUGUGAAUUAUAGACCGAGAUGGGUGGUGGGGUAGCGGGAGAGAUGGAGUCAGAGGAAAGUGAACAGGGGAAGAGAUCUGAAAAGGUAUUUGAAAUCAAAAGCUGUUAAAGUUUGUGAUAUUUGACAUCUGAGAAAAUGGUUGCAGCAUCAAUGCAGAAGCAAUUAAGUGGAACUGAAGUCAAGAACAGCUGACGGGGGGGAGAGAUGUAGUGUAACUGCAGAGGGGGAUCAUGGGUGCGCAUAUGAUUUGGUAUGGCAUUAAGAUUAGAUUCAGGAUGAAGUGAUUAUGUGCGUACCUAUGAUCCAGCGUAGAUCCAGAUUGGGAAGGGUGAAAUCUAUAUGAGAUGUGCCAGAGUGGAAACAUUCCCUAAGAAAAGAGACAAUUGCUGUAAAAUCUGGAGAUGAGAAGGAAAACAAAAUCCAUGGGGAGUGAACAAGCAAAGACUCAGAUGGAAAUUCUGUUGGUGAAUGAAGAACUAUGUCUUCAAGGAUGACAAUACUGGAAGAGAAGUAGCACUGACUUCAAAAAUCAAUGAAGAGCAUCUACAGUAAGUUUCUUUUUGUUAUUAAGUUAUUGUGAUGAUUUUAUUGAUGCCGAACACCCCUGGGAAACAGUCUGUGUAGCCUCAAACAGCCACGUUAUUCUCUGACAACUCAAUGGCCAGUGGAAAUGAGUGAAAUAACAACCAUUCUUCAUGGACAUGUUGGACUCCAAAUAGUUUGGCAAGAAACCAACACAAAUACAAUGGUACCAGUUUUGGGUAGUUCCUUUUGAUGGAAACUGAUGGAAUGAAAGCAUUUGGAAUGGAUUGAGAACCUACUUCUUUUCUCUUUUGGCCAAAUACAGACUUAAUUUGUCGACAUCUGAGAUGCUUAUUCCAAACUUCUUACAUAUGCAGAUCGGGCUAUGUUGCUUACAUAAGAGGAACAUAUUAAAUGGUAAGAACAUAGAGGAUUGAACAGUAUAGGCAGGCCCGUCGGCCCAUUAUGUUGUGCCAACCUUUUAACCUACUGUAAGAUCAAUCUCACCCUUCCCUCCCACAUAGCCUCCAUUUUUCUAUCACAGACAUUAUUGAAAGAAACCUGCCACUGCAGUCAGUAGAUGCCAAUAAAAAAAAACAUUUUAAGCUUUUUGGUUUAUUUGUGGCAAGGUUCAAAAGAAACAGAACUUCAAUUCACAGUCCUCUAGGGACUCCAGGGAUGUGUGUGGCUCUGUCUAAAGCACUUUACACACUGCAACUCAUUUCCACAGGUCCUUUGUAGUUAGCACGCUAACAGAAUUCAACUCUCAUCCAGAGGUUUCAUAUUGCCUUUUAAAAUUGUCCAUGCUAUCUCCUGUAACUCCCAGGACACCUGUUACUUGCACUGGGAGUUAACGUCAUUGGCAUUGAGACAAUUGGACUCUUUCCGGGCCGUGUACUUCUUUCACUGUAGAUACCAUAAAUACCAUAUUCUGUCAUGCUGUGUGUCUCUCCAGGCUACCACAGCUCAGGAGUAACUAAGAAUAUCAUCCUAUUGAUCUUCUGGAAUUUCAACACCUGCCUUGAAAUCAGCUAAAAACUGUUGGAAGAGUACAGUACAGUACAGUACUGGCCCUUUGGCCCCCAGUGUUGUUCCAACCUCUUAACCUGCUCCAAGAUCAAUCUCACUCUUCCGUCCAUUUUUCAAUCAUCCAUCUGCCUAUUGAUUGCAUCUUUACCUCGAUCACUAAUCCUCCAUAUCAUCAACUAUUUGACUCAGUAUAUGCCUUGUGUAUGUCAAAAAACUAGGAAGACAUUGCACUCAACAGAUACAUCUGGAGGAAAUCUGUUCAAGAGGGAGCUGAGCGACAUGAGAACGACCUUUCGCUGUGUCUCAGGGAACAAGCUGCAGCUGCAAAGCAAGAGACUGAACAACCAAAAGACUUCAGCAAGGCAUUUGACAAGGUCCCGCAUGAGAGGUUAGUCCAGAAGUUUCAGUCACCUGGCAUUCAAGCUACGGUAGAGAAUUGGAUUAGAAAUUGGCUGUAUGAGAGAAGCCAGACAGUGGUAGUAAUGGUUGCCUCUCUGAGUGGAGUCCUGGGACUAGUGGUGUGCCGCAGUGAUCGAUGCUGGGUCCUUUGUUGUUUGUCAUCUAUAUCAAUGGUCUGGAAGAUGAUAAGGUUAACUGGAUCAGCAAAUGUGCAGAUGACAUCAAGACUGGGGCUGUAGUGGUCAGCCAGAAAGGCUAUCGUUGCUUGCAGUGGGAUCUGGACCAGAUGGAACUUAAUGCAGACAAGUGCGAGGUUUUGCUCAUUGGUAGGACCAACCAGGGUACGACUUACUUGGUGAACGGUAGGGCACUGAGGAGUGUGGUAGAACAAAGUGAUCUGGGAAUACAGGUCCAUAAUUCAUUGAAAGUGGUAGAUAGGUUUGUAAAGAAAGCUUUCGGCACAUUGGCCUUCAUAAAUCAAUGUACUGAGUACAGGAGUUGGGAUGUUAUGUUGAAGUUGUAUAAGAUGUUGGUGAGGCCUAAUUUAGAGUACUGAUGCAGUCUUCAUCACCUACCUACAGAAAAGAUGAAAACAAGGUUGAAAGAGUGCAGAGAAAAUCUACACGGAUGUUACUGGGUUUGGAGGGCCUGAGUUGUAAGGGAAGAUUGAAUAGGGUAGGACUGUAUUCCUUAGACAGUAGAAGAUUGAGAGGAGCUUUGAUAGAGAUAUACAACAUUAUGAAGGGUAUAGAUAGAGUUAAUGCAAGCAGACUUUUUACACUGAGGCUGGGUGAGAGUAUAAGCAGAGGUCCUGGGUUAAUAGUGAAAGGUGAGAAGUUUAAGGGGAACCUGAGGGGAAACUUCUUCACUCAGAGGGUCAUGAGAGUGUGAAAUGAGCUGUCGGUGCAAGUGGUGCACUCAGGGCCAACAAUCCUGACUGGUCAAACAAAACUUUUAUGGAAACAGCAGUGAAGAAUCCUUUCACAUCUGCAUGCUCUUAUUCCUGGGGCUUGUAUGUCUGACAGCAUUGAAAACAGUGAGGAGGCCCUGAACACCGUCAAAACCAAGAUGGUCAAGGACAGACAGAGAUGGAGACCUUCAUUACUGGCCCAAAUGCCAGCAAAGUAACGGGCAGUAAUUAACACUGCACCAGAAUAUACGUCUCUCGGAUUAGCCUGAGUACCGAGCAAUAGACAACCCCUUAGGAGAACAUCAUACUCAACUGGAGUGAUCGCACAACCACUACAACAUGAUCUAUACAUUUGAAGUACUAUUUCAGUUCAAAGUGUUAUAUCCUGUUAAAAACUAAUGUUGAAUUGCACUUGGUCCGCUGGAUAAAGUGAUCAGUGAAACUAUCAUACACUUCUACUCAUUUGGCCUCCAUCUCAGUCAAUGGUUAAUCACAUAUCACUUUUCAGCUCUCUUUUGUACUUUCAGUGAGAAACUUCAAAGUAAAUUCAUUAUCAAAGUAAUACGGUACUGUGCAACUUAUUACAUACACCUGUUACGAUGCAUUCUUCAGUUACCUUAUGAGGUAACCGUAGCCUUCAGCCAGGAGCAGAUGUCAGCAGAUGGUUCCCAACCUUCACCGAGUGUUUCAACCCUUAACCAUGACACUCUCCAGUUGGUGGGCCGGCAGUGGUGGCCAAAUCACUGCCCAUCUGCUCCUGGCUUCCAGCUCCCCUCCUCUCGCCUACUCCAAAUCCAACAAGAAGCUCGUUCUGCCUCUUCCCCCAUCCUACGAGCUGCUUGUUUUUAGCUCCUUUCAUCUUAUGCACACAUAUAUAGCUAGGGUACCUAGGACUUUUGCACAGAACUCUACGAGGGGUGACUGAUAAGUUUGUGGCCUAAGGUAGAAGGAGAUGAGUUAUACAGC